AUGGAGGGCUUAGAUAUGUAUAAGGGCACUCUCAAGGUGACAAAAGGGCUCGAACAGAGAUACCGAGGACUUCCAGAAGCACUUCGUGGACAUACAGAAGUGGUCGAGACAGUCGCAUUUUCACCAGACGGCUCGCGAAUCGUCUCUGGGUCGUGGGAUCAGACAAUUCGACUAUGGGAUGCGGAGACUGGCCAGUCGUUGGGAGAGCCACCCGAGGCCACACAGGCCCGGUCACCGCCGUCGCAUUUCACCAGACGGCUCGCGAGUCGUCUCUGGCGCGGUCACCGCCUCGCAUUCUCACCAGAUGGUUCGCGAGUCGCUUUUGGAUUACAAGACGAUACGAUUCCACUAUGGGAUACCGAGACUGGCCAGUCGUUGGGAGAUCCACUUCGAGGCCACACAGGCGAGGUCAGCGCCGUCGCAUUCUCACCAGACGGCUCGCGAAUCGUCUCUGGCAGGGAUGAUAAUACAAUUCGGCUAUGGCGGAGACUGGCCAGUCGUUGGGAGAGCCACUUCGAGGCCACACAGGCGAGACGGCUCGCGAAUCGUCUUCGGUCGGAUGAUCAGACGAUUCGACUAUGGAAUGCAGAGACUCCAGUCGUUGGGAGAGCCACUUCGAGGCCACACAGGCGAGGUUUCAGGGCCGUCGCAUUCUCACCAGACGGCUCGCGAAUCGUCUCUGGGUCAUGGGAUAAUACGAUCGACUAUGGAAUGCGGAGACUGGCCAGUCGUCGGGAGAGCCACUUGAGGCACACAGGCGAGGUCAGCGCCGUCGCAUUCUCACCAGACGGCUCGCGAAUCGCGUCUGGCGGAAAUGAUGAAACGAUUCGACUAUGGGAUGUAGAUACUGGCCAGUUACUGGGAAAGCCAUUUCAAGGACAUACAGACUCCGUCACUGCCGUCGCCUUCUCACCAGACGGCUCGCGAAUUGUUUCCGGCUCACAUGAUGACACGAUUCGUCUAUGGGAUGUGGAGACUGGUCAAGCGCAGGGAGAGCCACUUCGAGGACACACAGCCUCCGUCCAAACCGUUAUUUUCUCACCAGACGGCUCGCGAAUCGUCUCGGGCUCGGGAUCACACAUUCGGCUAUUGGAUGCAGAGACUGGCCAGUCGUUGGGAGAGCCACUUCGAGGCCACACAGGCGAGGUCAGGGCCGUCGCAUUCUCACCAGACGGCUCGCGAAUCGUCUCGGGCUCGGCCGAUAACAAGAUUCUACUAUGGAAUGCGGAGACUGGCCAGUCGUCGGGAGAGCCACUCCGAGGCCACAGUGGUGUGGUCAACGCCGUCGCAUUCUCGCAAGAUAGCUUCCUAAUUAUGACCGGCUCUGCAGACUCCACAGUUAGACUGAGUGACACCGCGUUCA